AUGAAGGUUGAUGGGUUAAAUGAUGGUUUGGAAGAACUCGACAUGGAUAAUUAUGAUGAAGAAGAUGAUGGAAUUGAAAAUUUUAGCUCCGGGCGUGGGGAUCUCUAUUAUGCGAGUAAUGAGAUGGAUCCAUAUCUCAAGGAUAAUAAUGAUCAUGACGACGACUCUGAUGAUGAUGAGACAGUCUUACCAACCGAGUCAAUGAUUGUAUGCGCUAAGAGCAAAAAGAUAGCAAAUUCUCUUGACGUUUAUUUAUGUGAGGAAACAUCGAGCGGCUCUCCAAACAUGUUUAGUCAUCAAGAGAUAUUUUUACCAAAACUUCCAUUUUGUACUGCUUGGCUUGAUUGUCCACUUAAAGGAGGAGAAAAUGGGAAUUUUCUAGCUGUUGGUUCGGAUACGCACAUAAUAGAGAUAUGGGAUCUUGACGUUAUGGACGAAGUGUUACCUUGUGUACAACUAGGAGGAAAAAACAAAGGAAAUUACAAAGAAGGUAGCCACACUGAAGCAGUUCUUGAUCUUGCUUGGAAUAAGGAGUUUCGUUGGGGAAAAAGGAAUUUACUUGCAAGUGCUAGUGCCGACAAACAAGUUAAGGUUUGGGAUGUGGCUACUGGAACGUGCAAGAUUACUAUGGAACAUCACACAGAGGCGGUUCAAGCGGUUGCUUGGAACCAUCAUGCUCCGGAAGUACUUCUAAGUGGGUCUUUUGAUCAAACUGUUGUAUUGAAAGACGUAAGAAAACCUUCGCACUCGGGUUUCAAAUGGUCUGUCAUGUCUGAUGUUCAAAGCUUAGCUUGGUAUCCACAUAGUGAACACUCCUUUGUGGUGAGCCUGAAAGACGGAACUGUAAAGGGUUUCGAUAUACGUCAAGCCUCAAAUUCAGACUCUAAUUUAACACCAAGUUUCACUCUCCAUGCACAUGACAACGCAGUCACCUCUGUCUCAUACAACAUUUCCGCUCCUAAUCUUUUGGCAACGGGAUCUAUCGAUAAAACGGUAAAGCUUUGGGAUCUUUCAAACAAUAAGCCUUCAUGCAUUUCUUCACAUACACCAAAUACCGGAGGUAUAUUGUGCAUUGCUUUCUCUCCGGAUAAUCCUUUCUUACUCGCUAUCGGUGGCUCAAAGGGAUCAGAGUUAAAAUUUUGGGAUACACUUUCGAACACUAAUGUCUCUCACAGAUACGGAAGCAGCCGAGUCCGAACAUGA